UCACCAUCACUGGCGGCCGUGACAGCGCGCGCUCCCACCUCUUCAGAAUCGAAUCUCAUAUAACCUUCACCUUCAUACCGUCAUCUGUUGACUUGCUGUAUCGGCAGUGUAUCGAUUGACACCUCGAUUUCCCUUUGCUUUAUAUCAUGGGAAGACGUUGCUUUCUGAUGUUACUCGGUCUGUCACUCGUCCUUCGGGUUUCAUGUUCCGAUGUGCCUUGCACGAAGGAGGUGUUCAGAAGAGUUAAGAGGGGAUGCAUGAAUGUUGUCAGCCACAAGAUGGGGAACCAGAAGUCUUCCCUCGAAACCACUUGCAGUGCCCUUGCCCACUACGUGCAGUGCAUGCGCGACAACUGGAACAAAAGACACUGCGACACCUUUUCGCUUCACAUGAAAGGCCACCUUGAUGGUGCUGAAAAAGACCUGCGGGAAAAAUGUCCCGAUGUGAAGGAACCGGUAAGAAAGGCGCCAAAACAGUGCGAUCCAGAUGGAGCUGUAAAAUCGUUCAUCGAGUGUGGGAGGCAGUUCUACAGCAAAGUGCCCCAGGCCUCCAACAGGACGUUCCUGGUGUUGGCCACAUUGUGUCCAGAGGUUGAGCUCUACAACGCAUGCGUUCAUCGUAGCAAGGACAACGCCGAUUGCGAGCAAGGAAAUCCCGUGCUUCCACACAUGAACUACAUGUCUGAAGCGGUGGUCCGCCGCUACAGAACCCUCUGUAGAACAAUUCAGAACGCAGCAUCCCAAAGGACAACAGCCUGCAAUCGAAAACGCUUCAUCAACGACAUGUUCUUGUGUGGGUACCACUUCGCAAAUAUUGCGGAAAUCGUGGGAAACCAUUCGUCCACCGCUAUAUGCCCGUACCUGGAAAAAUACAGGAAGUGUCACAAUGUUUCCAUAACAACCUAUGGCUGCGCACCGCCGGACCAAUUGCACAAGGACGCCGAGGCCUUCUUCACGGCCUUAACGCAGCGCUUCGUGGCCCAUUGUAAAAGUAAUGACUCGAAGCGCAGUGUCAUUGCUAGGGUUACACUAAACGAAGAUUUGUUCAACUGUGACGUCCACCGGUUUCUGAGGUACUACUUCGAAUGCGCUAAUAAUUUUGUUAGCAACUUCAAUCGGUCAAACACAGAUAUUGAGUAUGUUUGCAGGACUGCAAGCACGUACAGGAACUGCGUCAGCGGCGCUCGGUUCACGACCCAAUGCAACACGGGCAUGGAUCUGAACAGCCACCUGUCCUACCUGCAGAACUACAUCAUCAGAGACUCCAAAGCGACCUGUGCUAGGAGAGAGAUCAAAAUUGGUAGUCUCGACCCAUUGGCCACUAGGGUUCCCGACAACGAUGAGACAGAGGACGACGGUGACAUUGCUGACGUACCAGUAAUGAAGCCACAGUUUCUGCAAUAAGAAAUUUUCGCAUAUAUGUAUUUACCGGCUGAAUCGUUGAGCGGCUAGAAACGUAGGGUAUAAUACUCUUUGUGUAUGUUUCAGCAUAUUUAUUCUAACAGUGGCAUAUACAAGCCUUGAGUAGCGACACCAUGCUCCUUUAAGGCAUAUCGAUGCAUUCGGUGUAAAGUUUCACGCUCCGUUACAUAUAUAAUAAAUUGUUUCUGCCUUGCCUGC